CACUUCCCUUUUACACACUUUUCGAUCCUGACUUUCUUCUAUUCAACCAGUCGACCAAUUCACGCCAAAAGCAGUCGCCAUGUCGGAAGCUAAGGACAAGUCCGCCAACCCUAUGCGCGAGCUGCGCAUCCAGAAGCUCGUGCUCAACAUCUCCGUCGGCGAGUCUGGUGACAGACUUACCCGCGCUGCUAAGGUGCUCGAGCAGCUGAGCGGUCAGACUCCGGUCUACAGCAAGGCCCGUUACACCGUCCGUACCUUCGGUAUCCGUCGUAACGAGAAGAUCGCUGUCCACGUUACCGUCCGUGGCCCCAAGGCUGAGGAGAUCCUCGAGCGUGGCCUCAAGGUCAAGGAGUACGAGCUGCGGAAGCGCAACUUCUCCGAGACCGGUAACUUCGGUUUCGGUAUCUCCGAGCACAUCGAUCUGGGUAUCAAGUACGACCCCGGUAUCGGUAUCUACGGCAUGGACUUCUACUGCUGCAUGACCCGCCCUGGUGAGCGUGUUGCCAAGCGCCGCCGCUGCAGAGCCCGUGUCGGCUCCCAGCACCGUAUCACCCAGUCUGAGACUGUCAAGUGGUUCAAGAACCGCUUCGACGGUAUCGUCCGGUAAAUGCCUCCUUCACAGGGUCUUCAGGAGUGAAAGCUCCGGGGUUGUGUUUAUGAUGAAGCGAUCAAAAAUGGUCAGAAAAGAGGCAGGCGUUCUUGAA